UGACCAAUCGCAUUUGGACAGUUCGAUUAAUUGACCAAUGCGAGCGAUCAAUUCCGUUGAAAAGAUCGAAGUCGAUCGGAGUUGGUAAACUGAUUUGACAGCACACACACACACACACACACACAUAUCUGACAAGCUACAGCUGUUUGACGUAUAAGAGAAUGAGAUGUUUGUAAGAUAAAACACUUUGCAAGAACGUUAAGAAUAUUAUACAUUGUCGCUAUGGUGGAAGCAGCUGGGUGUGGUGAGCUGCAACAGUUGGUGCAAGAAGAGGAGUGCGAAGAACCGCUUAGCCACGGAGGAGAAGCCACUCCUCCAUCAACACCUGCAAGAUCUCAACGUCCAAGCAAAACCGACACGCACAACUCCAAUGUAUCGCAACAAGUACUGUGGGAAAGCAAUACACAGAUAUCGCCGAUUAUUAGCAAAGGAAGUUCCGGUCAGGGAACGAGUCAAGGUUCUAUGGUUUCCGGUCGACUAGCCAAUACCUCAAGUUACAUUGGUAAUCAGUCUCGAUUGACGUAUCUCAAUGAAAAAGAGAAGCAGAGACCUAAUCGACCGGAUCCACCUAGAAUCACAAGGCAGCACAAAGGUGUGGUGCCAUGCAAACACCAUUGCUUUCUGUCAGAGGUUCCCGAUGUUCGCCACAUGGAGCAAGCUUUGCUGCAACUGUUGGAAGACUUUCACAGCGGCAAUUUACGAGCAUUUGGAAAAGACUGCAGUAUGGAACAGAUGACAGAAAUACGAGAGCAACAAGAACGUUUAGCCAGAUUGCAUUUUGAGCUGGGGCAGCGACAAGAAGUUGGCGGUGAGCAGUCAGGUCUCCGACAAUCGAGCGCAAAUAUGCGACAUUUGCUCCAUCGACUUCAGCAGUUAAGUGUUUGUAUAGAAAAGUUGCAUAGUAAAUAAUUACAGUUUUAUAGACAAUGAUAUAUAUACAUAUAUAUAUAUAUAUAUAUAUAUAUAUAUUGUGAUAUAUUCUCAUAAUGGUAUUU